AUGAAGUAUAUGAAUGUGGAUGCUUACAGGCUCUCCAUCUCCUGGUCUCGAGUUAUCCCAUACGGGAAACGGAGCACAGGGGUGAACCGCAAAGGAAUCCAAUUUUAUCACACGAUUAUUGAUUUGCUCCUAGAAAAUGGUAUCGAGCCUUAUGUCACAAUAUGGCAUUGGGAUACCCCUCAGGCACUCGAAGCCGAGUACGGUGGCUUCUUAAGCCGUGACAUUGUGAAGGAUUUUGAAGAUUAUUGUGACCUGUUAUUCGAAGAAUACGGUAAAAAGGUAACGAAAUGGAUCACGCUGAACGAACCGGUGACUUACGUGAUGAGAGGCUACGACGAAGGGCUGAUGGCACCGGGGCGCUGCUCGGUGUGGGUUAACCGAGCAUGUCUCGCUGGAAACUCCGGGACCGAGCCUUACAUCGUCACCCACAAUCUCCUUCUCGCUCAUGCCGCUGGUUAUCGGUUGUACGAGCAGAAAUACAAGGCAAGUCAAGGCGGGGAAGUAGGAAUCACCAUUGUUACUUUCUGGUUCGUUCCUUACACCGAUACCCCAGCGGAUAGAGAUGCAGCUAAGAGAUCCAUAGACUUUAUGUUUGGGUGGUACAUGGAUCCCAUAACCUAUGGUCGCUAUCCGCAGAACAUGGUUGACCUCGUCGGAACUCGCCUGCCCACCUUCAACGAUGAGGAAUCCGCAUCGUUGAGAGGGUCGUACGAUUUUCUGGGGCUUAACUAUUACACAGCGUAUUACUCCAUGAACAACCCCAACUUCGACCCUGAACAUCUUGAGUAUCUCAAGGAUUCCCACGCCAUAACUACAGGUAAAAAUGAGUUAUAUUAUAUAUAUGCUUCAUUGGGUUCGUCCUGGCAGUACCUGUACCCACAAGGGCUUCAAUAUCUUUUGAACUACACCAAAGAUGAAUACAGAAACCCUCACAUAUACAUCACCGAAAAUGGACUUUCUCAAGAGGACGAUCCUACACAAACAAUCGAGGAAGCGACACAAGACGACACCAGGAUACAGUUCUAUGACAGCCACCUCGACAGUGUCCUCCAGUCCAUGACCGGUUACAACGUGAACGUGUCGGGUUUCUUCGCGUGGUCGUUUGCGGACAACUACGAGUGGAACGAUGGGUACUCGGUCCGGUUCGGGUUCUACUACAUCGACUACACGGACGGUCAGCUGACCCGUUACCCGAAGAGCUCGGCCUGCUGGUACACCAACUUCCUCAACAGGAACGCUCCCACGGGCCAGACCCUGAUCCGCCAGAAGGUUCAUAGCAGUAAGCUGCAGGCCCGGCCCACCGCUCGCCGCUCUGCUGCAGCACUUGGCGGACGCCGUGCCCUCCCGGCCCGCCGAUUCUCCCGUUGGUGA